AUGCAAUUCUCCGCCCUCGCCGCCCUCUUGGCCGCCGGAUCUGCCGUCGCAGCCCCGAGCACCGUCGCCAAACGCAGCAGCGCGCUGCAAAUCACCGACUUCUGGGCCAAUGCCUCCAGGGCUAGCCAGACCUCGAAUCUGCACUUUGUUUUGACCGAUCCCAACUAUCCCGACGACACCCCCGUGGACUGCAAUGUGAUCUGGAACUUCAACGGAAGCCCCGACGAGAACGCCCGCUGUCUCGGGAGCCAGUAUUAUAUUCGCUUUCCUAACGGAGGCAAGGACAUCAGCCAGCUCACGGUGGAGCUGGAGCGCGUCGAGGGGCCCAUCCCCGUGAAGGGCCAGGCGGUGUUGAACGACGAGACGGAGGGAUCGAAGUGGAAGUGCGGACCGACUGACAACCCCGGCGUGACGGAGCGAUGCACCUAUGACGGCAUGCUGGAGAUCCCUGUCUAA